GGGGUGGAUCCCGGGUGUGAGGGUGCGGCUGGGGGGCGACUUCCGCGUGGGGUGAGAGGCCGCCUGCGAGGGUGACCGGGCAGGAGGGCUCAGUGCGCUAGCCGGACGUGCUGGGUCCAAGAUUAUUGAUUAAUUUGGGCACCGCGAGGGCUCGAGUCCCCCCACACCACUGCCUGGCCUGCGGGGAGCACAGACAGCCCGGGCCCUCCCGGCUGCAGGUCCCGGGCUUUCCCCGCGCGAUUGCCGGCUCCGCCCAGAGGAGCCGCGUCCGGCGGAGGGGUCAGAAAGGCCGGGUCGCGUCGUCAGUGCGGCGGCCGUCUCGAGUCCAGGGCCCGCGUCCUCCCUGACCUCCCGACGCCACCUCCCGGCCUCGGGGGACUGGGCUCCCGGGAAACCGCCGGCCACCGGACGGACGAACACAGGCAGUGGCGGGCAGUGGGGACGCCAGGGACCACAGCGCUGAGGGCGAUCACUCAUCCGCCAGCCCCGCCCCGCCCUGCGAGCCCCGCCUCUUCCCGCCCCGCGCUUUCCUCGCAUUGGCCAAGUCCCCGCGGCCACACCCCCUACCAGAUUGGGGCCGCUAUUGGACUGGGCGGCUGCGGCCAAUCGGAGCCGCUCUUGCUGCGACGCAGCGGUCGGAAGCGGAGCAAGGUCGAGGCCGGGUUGGCGCCGGAGCCGUUGAGGGGCCGCUUGGAGCUCGUGCGGGGUCUCCGGUCCAGGGCGCGGCAUGGGCGUCCUGGCCGCAGCGGCGCGCUGCCUGGUCCGGGGCGCGGACCGGAUGAGCAAGUGGACGAGCAAGCGGGGCCCGCGCAGCUUCAGGGGCCGCAAGGGCCGGGGCGCCAAGGGCAUCGGCUUCCUCACCUCGGGCUGGAGGUUCGUGCAGAUCAAGGAGAUGGUCCCGGAGUUCGUCGUCCCGGAUCUGACCGGCUUCAAGCUCAAGCCCUACGUGAGCUACCGCGCCCCUGAGAGCGAGGAGACGCCCCUGACGGCCGCGCAGCUCUUCAGCGAAGCCGUGGCGCCUGCCAUCGAAAAGGACUUCAAAGACGGUACCUUCGACCCUGACAACCUGGAAAAGUACGGCUUCGAGCCCACACAGGAGGGCAAGCUCUUCCAGCUGUACCCCAGGAACUUCCUGCGCUAGCGGGGCGGGGGAGGGGCCGCGUGCCCUCAUCUCAUUUCUAUUAAACGCCUUUGCCAGCU